UCUGUGGUUCGGUGAGACCCCAGGUCCCUGUGUGGAGCCCUCGGGAGGCUGCGACGGUGUGCCCCAGGGUGACAGCAAGUAGCUGCGUGGGCUCUUUCCACAGCUGUUGGAAGCUAUGGCACAGCGGUGCCGAUGCUUGUCUCUGGGCGGCUGUGUGCGUAUGUGAGCGUCGAGUGUGUUUCAAUGUUCUGUAACAGCCACUAUUUGAGCUGUAUAUACCUACGUGUAUGACAGUGUAUCCCUGGGCAUACUGUGUGUGUGGCGGUUCCCACCCGUGCUGGGCGUGGGUAGCUCUGCGGGGCGAUACACCCAGUAUAACUGCCUGUAGCUUUACGGGGCUAUCAGUAGUUGUUCCAGUAGCUAUAGAGACUUCAGUGUGCAGUCCUGUGUCGGAGAAUGUAGCCGCAACUAAGUGUGUGGCUGUGUUCUUGGGUGUACAAUUUGGGUGUAUCUGGAAAGUGUGUGUGUAGCCGUGAUCAGCUGUGUCCCGCUGUGUGUCCCCGUGUGGCUGUCCCCAGUCGCACCGAGUAUGUGUAUCCCCGCGCCCCCUCCCCCCGCAGCGGGCACUGCGCGUGCGCGCCCGGCCCACGGUCUCGGCGGCGGGACCCACCCGCGCUCACGCCAUCGCCCCUUUAAGAGCGGCGCCCGCGGGCGACGGGGAGGCGGCGGGCGGGGGCGCGCGCGGCGGGAGGAGGGGGCGCGCGCUUCCCGGAACAGCCCGCGCUGAGGGAAGAGAGGAAGAAAAUAAAACCCGCGGCCGGAGCCAAAGCUGGAGCUGCCGCCGCCGCCGUCUCAGCCGUCUGGAGCUCCCCCGCGCGGACGAUGCCCGCGAUGCCCGCGCGGGGCUCGGGGCGGUGAGGCCCGGGGCGCGGGGUAGCUAUGGCGACCGGGAGCGCGGCCCGCGGCGCCGCCUGACAGGUGUGGGGCCCCGGCGGCGGCACGGAGCAGCAUGUACGCCAAGGGGGGCAAGGGCUCGGCCGUGCCCUCCGACAGCCAGGCACGAGAGAAGUUGGCGCUGUACGUGUAUGAGUACCUGCUGCACGUUGGUGCCCAGAAGUCAGCCCAGACCUUUCUGUCCGAGAUCCGAUGGGAGAAGAACAUUACGCUGGGGGAGCCCCCGGGCUUCCUGCAUUCCUGGUGGUGCGUGUUCUGGGACUUGUACUGUGCAGCGCCCGACCGCAGAGAGGCAUGCGAGCACUCGAGUGAAGCCAAGGCCUUCCAGGACUACAGCGCUGCAGCGGCCCCCAGCCCGGUGAUGGGGAGCAUGGCUCCCAAUGAUGCAAUGGCAUCAGGCCCCAUGGCACCCGGCUUCUUCCAGCCCUUCAUGUCACCGCGGUUCCCAGGGGGCCCUCGGCCCACCCUGCGGAUGCCGAGUCAGCCUCCCGUGGGCCUACCCGGUUCCCAGCCCCUCCUCCCUGGCGCCAUGGACCCCUCCCCACGUGCUCAGGGUCAUUCGAGCAUGGGCCCGAUGCAGAGGGUGACGCCUCCACGGGGCAUGACCAGCGUUGGGCCCCAGAGCUACGGAAGUGGCAUGCGGCCCCCACCCAACUCUCUUGCUGGCCCGGGUUUGCCCACCAUGAACAUGGGACCCGGAGUGCGUGGCCCAUGGGCCAGCCCCAGUGGCAACUCGAUCCCCUACUCCUCCUCCCCCCCUGGCAGCUACACGGGACCCCCAGGAGGAGGUGGGCCCCCUGGAACACCCAUCAUGCCCAGCCCUGGAGACUCCACCAACUCCAGCGAGAACAUGUACACCAUCAUGAACCCCAUCGGGCCAGGCGCCGGCAGGGCUAAUUUCCCGCUUGGCCCUGGUCCGGAGGCCCCCAUGGCCGCCAUGAGUGCGAUGGAGCCUCACCAUGUAAACGGAUCCCUGGGCUCGGGCGAUCUGGACGGGUUGCCGAAGAGCUCCCCCGGCGCCGUGGCCGGCCUGAGCAACACCCCGGGCACCCCGCGGGACGACGGCGAGAUGGCGGCCGCCGGGACCUUCCUGCACCCGUUCCCGAGCGAAAGCGUAAGCGACUGCGUCGACUCCCCCCCCCGCGGCGGCGUCGGGCCGGAGGGGCCUGGCGGGCAGACCCCGGCGGGGCGGCCGGGGGGCCAGAGCAAGACCGUGACCGCGGCGGGCCAGUACUCCCCCGGGAUGACCAUGAGCGUGUGAUGGGGCCGCAGCCCCUUGCCCACUGCCGACCUCGGCUUCUGCCCAGCGCCCCUGCCCGGGGCCAAGGUCCAGGGGCUCGGGUGGUCUGCAGGGUGAGGGUCUGAGGUCACACCGCGGGCAACUGGACUCCCGGUCAAGGCUUGGAUGGCUGGGAGACCCCGCGCGAAGGACUCAUUCAUUUUAUAAAAAACGCAAGGACCUCAGAGACGUUCUUUCCUGUAUGGGCCCUUCCCGCCAUUUCUGUUUUGUCCAGGGGGCUCCUUGGGGGAUUUCCUUUCCCCUGGAGAGCAGGGGUGGGCCCCAACAAUAAACAUAACUCGAUUUUGGUUUUUGGCA